GCUACUCCAAUGUGGCUGUUUCCAAAAUGUCGUACAGUAGAGGCGUAGUUAGAUUUCCAAGGCUUCAAGCAAGAAUAUUUCUACCCAACUGGUUUGUGAAGGUAGUAAGGCCAGGGAAGGAAAUCCCUGAAAAUCAAGUACAAAUGCAUGUGUCAAUGGACAUGAAUAGAGUUGAUAUAAAGAAUUACAUAGAAAAAAUAUACAAUGUCAAUGUCCACAGAGUCAACACAAGAAUACAACUAGGAAAAAGACAGACAAUAAUGAAACUGGAUGGUUCUUUAACAAAGAAGAAAUACCCUGAUUUCAAAGUUGCAUAUGUGACUUUGGCAGAGGAAACAUUUAAAUACCCUGAAUUAUUUGAAAAAUCAGAAGAAACAGAAGAUGAAAUGGUUACCGCUCCAGAUGAAAAGCCCCCUGAAAGAGAAAUACCAGAAACUUUAAAGAAGUGGUUUCAAGUGUAGAAAUGGCAGUGACACUUAGUUGUUUGUUUGGAACUGGCGUUGCCAAGAUGUGGGGCUUAACUGGGAGAGAUAAGACUAAUAAGCAAAUGACAGACUGCAGCCAGAGCCUCAAGUGACUCUGUCUUUGAAUCCUAGUUAGAUUUUAUGCUUUAGGCAAAUCUUGCAAUACUGUAUAUUUCCUAUUCAAUCAUUGAUUUUCGUAUGA